AUGGCAGUCCGACGUGUGCCCCGACAGUGUCCCGUCAUCUUCCCUUCUUCCCUGUACAAUCAAAACGGCGUUGAGAGCAGCCUGACCCGCCCAUGGUUCGCCCUUGAAGAUAUGUUCGAGUCAUUUGCCAAGGGCCGCCUGAUUCUUGCCCUCGUCAAGGAGAUGCGGGCACCUGAGGGCACCGGGUUGCCGGUGCUCGUCUGGGCUGGCGUCGUCAUAGACGAACCCUGGCAAGUGAGCGUUGCGUUUAGGCAAGCAACGACAGCGGAGCGUUCACUCUGCACGAUGCCCGCAGUAGGAGAGCCUUGCGUUGACGUGGACGAUAACAACACGACAGGCUCCGCUCACAGAACUCUUGGGCCAAUCGUUCAGCUGGAGCAGGUCCGAGUGCUCGUGAGAAGCAACGAGCUGAUUAUUGACGAGGCAGACAUCGUCCGGGGGAAAGACUGCGGGCCAGCAGUGUCGGCCAACGUCUCGCUUGGCAACGGCCCCUCAAUCGAGCUGCCUGUUCAGUCCCCUUGCUGA